AUGACACAGAACGACGUGCACUGUAGUGACGACUUAUACACUGGAAGAUAUACUUGCAUUUCAACAUUUCACCAAGCAUCUUUGCCGGUGAAAGAAUGUAUUGAUGUAGUUGCUGGUGACGUUUUGGUGGUAGAAACUCGUCCUCCAAAUGCUACCGCACCGAAAUCGUUUUUGUAUGGAAUCAAUGAAACAACAGGAUCUAAAGGGUAUUUCCCAGCUUAUUGUAUAGACAACCAUCCAUCAGGAUCAAAUGUGAAUUCUUCGCUUCAUGUUAGGAGUAAGAGUAUCGAUCGAUUGGUACCUACACCACUUUCGUCAAUUUCACGUCCUGUUAGUACUACAAAUGUUGAUACCGGGCAUCUAUCGCAACCUGUUAUCCCUCGUAGAUACAAGCGUUUUGUAAAGUUAUCUUCUUCAUUAUUACCGCCUGUACCGAUUAAAUCACAGUCUUCCCGUUCCUGCACUAAUCUGUCAAGUUUAGCGACGCAAAAUGCCUUAUCCUAUACAAGUAAAAAUCGUAACGUAUCUGUACCGGCCUUUUUGUACGAGUGUCAUCAGUUCAACAAUGUAUCUGUCAGCUUUCCACGACUUUGUGUUUUAUGUGGAGAUUAUGUAGUGACGCCACGCUGUAAUGCAAAUCAGUGUCUAGCCUGUAAAUCUUUAUUCCAUCGUGUCUGUGCCGAGUUCUGUAAACGAUUUGAGAAAUUACCAUGUCGAAGGGAAACCAACACUAAUGUGAAAGGGAAACCAGAAAAAUCAGCCAAUGCGUACGCAUCCGAUAUUUUCCCUCUGUCAUCGUCAUCUAUCUCAACAAGUGAACAGCCACUGGUGACAUGGAAUCGUACUCAAGUAGCUCACUGGUUAGCUGUUGUGGGUUUUGAACGUUUUGUUGGUCUGUUUCUACAACAUAAUUUGGAUGGUAGUUUUGUGAGUGAAGUUACGCCUGACUCACCUUGUUUACGUCAGAUAAUUGAUCCAUUUGCAUGCGAAGCUUUAAAACAAGCGAUACUGGUUUUACAAGGUAAAGAACCUGGUCCAGGCGAAGAUUUAAGUAUAUUUACGCAACUGGAAAGAAAGGAAAUCCGCCUUGAAAGAAUUAUCGCCUCCCGUGAACAUGAUUUCCGGCUUACUUCUUUCUUCAGAAUAGUCGCUUGUGUUGUUUGCAAAAUUCCUCUACUAGGUUUCAGUCAUCAAGGAUUCCAGUGUAAAAAGUGUGGAGCUAUAUGCCAUCGUAUCUGUAAAGUAUUGGAUUGCUUUCUUGAUUGUCCUGGAGAGUUCCUUGCAACUGGGUCAUCUAUUCAUGAUGAAAUGAACGAGGUUCCCACUUCACUGGUCCCUUAUACCAGCCAAUAUUUUGGUGUUAAAUUGGAAGACCAAAAGUUGGAUCCUAUUUCAAAACUACCUGCAUUCUUAACAGCGUGUACUGAACAAAUAGAAAAAGUUGCUACUGAGAGUUUUACUACUGCUAGUAAUAAUCCACAUACUCAACCUAUUGAUAUGCUUAUGGUAUAUCAACAGUCAGCUUCGGCGCACACAUUACAAGAGCUUCAUAAUACUUUUGCUCAUUGUUUACCUCUACCCGAUACGGAAGAAUCAUCAUUACGUCCAUUAGAUAUUGUACGUUCAGCUCAAUUAUUGAAAGCGUUUCUUCGAGAUCUUCCAAUCAGUGUGAUACCAGAAGAUAACUAUUUAGACUUUUGCAAUUUAGCAAAUAUUAAAAAUUCAAAUGAGAAGCCAACAGCUGUUCAAAAAUUUCUCGACAGUCUUCCUGAGAUUCAUCGACUAUGCUUAAUUCACAUUUUCAAUCAUUUGGGAUUUGUAGUAAAUCAUCAAAACAAGUUAAAAACCUUUUCAUCAGGUGUAUCACUUGUAAAUGUCAAUCAAUCAAGUUCAUUUUCUGCAUCCAUAAAGGGUAGACCAAAUGAUUCUUUUCCAUGGCUAAUGCUUUUUAGACAAAUACUUGUACGACCACCAUGGCACCUAAUCACAGACAUAGCUAUGGGUAUGGAUACACAUCUGCGUGCACUAGAAACUCUCUUUUCUGUUGUUGUCGAUGCUUCAGUCGCUGAUGAAUUAGAAGUCACCAGUGAGGUAAAGAAUUCUCCGUUGAAUCCCUAUGUACUAGACACGGGUUAUCAAGUAGAUGAUGUAUGUGAUCCAAAAACGAAAUAUGGUCACCAGUCUUCCGAUGAUACUGCUAUUGUACCGACAAUUAGUACUCCUCCAAGUCCAUCUUCAACUGCUGCAAAUAAGAAGGAUUUAGAAAAUCAGGAAUGGUACUGGGGUGAUAUCACACAAGAAGAAGUACGUGAAAUAAUGGCAGGUCUUCAAGAUGGAUAUUUUCUUGUUCGUGAUGCAUCUGAGCGUUCAGUUGCUGCUUUCACUCUUGUGGUCAGAUGGCAAGGUCAAAACAAAUUGAAUCGGAUAUACCAUCGUGGUGAAUACUUCGGACUUACUGAUCCUCCACAUCCAACUUUUCGUUUGGUUUCUGAACUCAUUAAUUUUUGUCGUUCUCAUCCAUUGAACUUGAGCAAUUACAGAAGUUUACGACUAAUUUGGCCUGUAUCACACCGCCAUAAACGUUUUAAUGGCAAAGCUGAUGCAUCGUCGAAUAAUGACAGCAGUAAUAAUAAUAAUAAUAACAAUAUCUCGGGAGAGAAUAGACGCAGUGCUGAUGGAGUAUUUGCUUGUUUCUUAUCUGAUUCACAGUUAAGUAGUGAGCUUAAGAAGACAGCUGUUGAAAUCAGUCAGUUGGAUAAGCUUAUAGCUGAUUUGGAGCUUCAGUCUAAAUCUGCAAUUGAAUUGAAGGAAGAUGCUGUUCGUUUGAUAAAAGCAUACAAAAAUGUGUAUAAAUGGCUACAGAUAUCAUUGAGCCGGUUGAAUAAUUAUUCUUAUCCUAGUGAAAAAUUGAAAAUUUCUCCUCAAAUAGAAACACUUAAAAACGAAAUGAGUGAAGUUGAACAGAAAAUCAAGGAAAACAAGGAAGAAGUUAACGAACAGUGUAAAAAAGCACGAGUAGUCUUUGAGAAGUAUGCAAAUGCAAUUUCUCGACAGCGUAAAUUAAAAAGACAAACGCAAGAGAUUCGUCGUGCACUUAAAGAUCGGGGGAUUAAAGCAGAAUCCUUAUCUGGAUCAAAUUCUUCCUUGGAUAGUGGGUGUAUCUCUUCCGCGAACCGAUUGGUUGAUACUCAAACUGGUGAAAUGGGUUCUAUGAAACAAGAUAUUCAAAGCCAUGUGUUCAUAAACUUUGAUGAUGCAUCUGUACCAGAGGAGAUACGUGAUCGUCGGUAUUGGUUUCUUACUGAUGUAACUCGGCAAAGGGUAGAAGAAUUACUGACUGACAGACCUCCUGGAACUUUCGUUGUUAGACCUUCAACUGCUGGAAAUAAAUUAGCCUUAGGUGUACGAUUGGAAUCGUCUGUUCAGCAUUGUCUAAUUCAUUGUAUCAAUGGGAAGUAUGGAUUUGUGGAAAAGUCGUGUACAUUUGAUUCAUUAGAAGAUUUAGUUUGCUAUCAUCAUGUACAUGAUUUAAAACGAUAUAAUAAGGUGCUCAAUACAACGUUAAAGUAUCCUAUUAAAUUACACUUGAAUGAGUGA